AUGUUUGUCUAUUUUUCACCACCUCGAAAUAAACCAACACAAUCGUCAUCCUCACAUAGUGUUGUUAAUAAUGGUCAAACGAUAACUCGAGCUCGUCGUUCAGUAUCACCACCAUCAGAAUCAAAUUCGUCUUCAUCAUCAGCCAGUUCAUCAUCAGAAAAUCCACGCAAAGGAAGUUAUGAUUUUCAAAUACCAACAAUAAUGAGUACAAAUAAAAAUAUUGUAAAGAAAAGUACAGAUACUAUACUACCACCACCAUUACUCGAUUUUAAUAGUAAUAGUACUAAUGAUGAUGAUGAUGAUAAUACAGCAUCUUCAAUAUUUUCUCAACGUAAUGCAACACCAGCUGCAUUAAAUCAUUUAAAAAAUAUUGAAGAUAUUAUUCGCGGUGAUGAAACACCACGUACAAGAAUAACCAUUCAAAAACCGUCAACUAAUGGUCAUAAAGAUAUUCCUGUUGAAUAUGAAGAUGAAAGUGUUAGUCAAAGAAGUAGUGUUGAUGAUGUUACUGUUGAUAAAGCAUCACCAUCCCCAUCAGCUCAUAUUGAUUAUUUAGAAGACAUAUAA